AGUUUUUCAAUAGGCUGGAAUGUGAGAGUUCAUCGGGAAGUGAAUGUGAUAGUCCGAAGCUGCCCGCCUCCGGUAACAAGUCAGGCGCUAUGAAAGCAGCAGCAGCGCCAAGGGCAAGACUCGGAAAUCAGGCGACGCAAAAUCCCCCCAGGGGAAAUGAACGACACAGUCUCCAAGUUGGGUCUGUCGACCGUAAUCAUAGAAACAAAGGAAAGAAGCAGAACGAUGAUCAUUUGCACGGAAGAAGAUCCAGUGACUCAAAAGAGAGUCCAUCGUCGCCCAAAGAACCUGCGAGGCCCGAUGACGCCGAAACCGCGUCGAGACUCAGCGAUGAGAUAGAAAAAGGUUCCGAACCUUUGCCAACCGAGUUCAGUGAAGCAGAAAAGGAUUUCGAACCUCUGUACCUUCGCGAGGACGAAGACUAUGACGUCUCCGAGGAACAGACGACCAACCCAGCAACGUCGGAGCCUCAGACGCCGACGAAGAAGGUCCCAACAGAAGAGCAGUUACGAAAAUUACCGACGUGCCCGGAAAUUCCUCCUCACUUGAUGGGGCGUUUAAACAUCAGUUUAGAUGGUCUAGAAAAGCUGCGGCUGAAUGAUGUUUUGAAAGAGCUAGAAUGGGUGAUGCCUGGCGGUACGUGGAGUCCAUCUUAUGAGCCCACCAAUCCCUGCCUCCCACGUCACAAAGUAGCAGUUGUGUUGCCAUACAGAGAUCGUCUUCAUCACCUCAUCAUCCUUCUAAGUUGGUUGCAUCCGAUUCUGAGGAGACAGCAGCUGGAGUAUACGAUAUACGUGGCGGAGCAGGCCGGCAACGCCACCUUCAACAAGGGCUCGAUCAUGAACUCUGGCUUCAUGGAGGCGUGGCAGCCACGACACCUCUCCGUCGGGGUGGACACCUUGGGGUACAAGUUACCUUAUUUCCUUCUGGUUGGAGGCGUCUUGAGCGUCAGAGGAGACCACUUCCUCAGGCUGAACGGAUACUCCAACAUGUACUGGGGAUGGGGAGGAGAAGACGACGAUAUGGGAUACAGGAUCAAGCAGUCAGGGCUGAGCAUCACCAGACCGCCCAAUAUGCUGGCAAGGUAUACGAUGAUCAGGCAUCUCAAGAGAAGACCGCUCACGUGGAAGGUCCGCGGAAAGCUGGUGAGGACGUCGGGUAGGAGGUACCGGCUGGAUGGCCUCAACACACUCAAGUAUUCCCUGUUAGCGCUGCACAAACACCCUCUCUUCACUCACCUGCUCCUAGAUGUUGGAACACCUCCAGAAAAUCUCGUUCGGCUAGACUCCCAUUAACUCCUCCGCGAAGAUAGUUGAAAUACUUCACUGUCUGCCACUUAGGUUGUUAUUUUCUAAGAAACCGAUUAGUCGUUAUUUUUUGGUGUCGACGAAACCAAAAGGAAAUGUGAGAAUGAUAGGUCCUGCCUUUUCCAUUUUAUGUUUGAUCUUUUAGGAGAAUCUCAUGUCGUAUGAUUGUGUUUUAAUGGAAUGGAAAUUUCCUCCCUUUUCACUUUAUCCAAAUACUGUGCACUGAUGUGAGGUAUUCUAUUACAGCCAUUCGUUCAUAAUGUCUACAGCCUUCCCGACAAUUCUUCCAAGUUUCCAAGUGCCAAUGACAAUUCUUUCAAUGAACGUACAUAUGUGAUAUAUACAUGCCAAAUUCCCCCUAUCUUUUCUAAUUCAUAAAUGACCAAUUGACAAAUGUCUUGAUUUUUAUAUAAUCACUGAUUCAAGCCAACUGAACAGAGAAUCAGAUCUUGAGAAGUUGCAUAUUGAAGCCAAUAACUUUAUUUUCUCAACACAACCAACGCCUGAAGGAUAUUUUGUUUACUAGUUAUAGGUUUCAUACUGGCAAUUCUAAUGUAGCUAUUUUCUUGUUAACUUUCCAUAUUUUUUCAUACUAAAUGUUGAUUACAGUGUAAGCAGUUCCUGAAGUUUGGCGGCUGCCAGCCUUCCGCUAUCCUGCACAAAGCAGUUGGGAGAUCGAAAAACAAAUGCCGAAAUGAGCAAAUCUCUUACUUAAUCUGUCAGGUCCUCUGAUUGCAGAAGUUCGUAGUAAGGUACCAAAAGAGUAUCUGCUUAGAAAACGAGGGAAGAGGAUUUCACACACUUCCAACCAGCGAAUAGAAAACAACUUCACAAGUUAACUGGGAGGUUGCUGAAGAGACCAGCGAUGGCAGCGCCACUCCAGAACCCAGUGAUAAUGACGCCACUGCCAUAACCCGUGAUGAAUCACCCAGAAACUAGUAAUGAGAUCUUCUACAGUUGAUCUCAGUCUCGAAAUUUCCGAUGAUGCCGUGCAACGAGAACUCGCUUUUAUAAUAGAACUCAAAUUAAUGUUAAUAUUAAUAAUUCC